UUUAUAAACUUUCAGUGAUGGCAAGAGUUAAUCAAAUUUCAGUAACUGAAAUUAAAAAAUCUUCUCCAAAUUUAUCAGUAUAAUAUUGAUCGAAUACAGUAGGCUAAGUAAAAUGACUACAUGUAGUAUAACUAUAUGUAGUAAAUACACUGUAACAAAAAUUACAUGGUUGUCGAACUUAUGUAUGCUGUUUAUGUAUCAUAAAUCUGUGAAAUAUAUUUAGAACCGAAAAGCACCGAUUCAUAUCUAAUCAAUAUUGUUCAGACUCUCAGAGUGAACACACCCCAUCAGAUGUUUGUAGUCAGGUCUUGGGAGGUGCCGUCAAAUGCAUAUAUAAGCGGCCUAAAAAGACUUCAUCAGAACAUUCAGAACCUCCAAAAGCCAGCAACAUGGUUGAGUGGACAGAUUUCGAGCGCGCUACCAUCCAGGACAUCUUUUCCAAGAUCGAUUACAAGACUGUCGGUCACCAGGCGCUGGCAAGAUGUCUGGUCGUGUACCCAUGGACCCAGAGGUAUUUCGCUAGCUUUGGAAACUUGUAUAACGCCGCUGCCAUCGUGGGAAAUCCCAGGGUUGCUGCCCACGGCUUGACGGUAAUGCAAGGGCUGGAGAAAGCGGCCAAGAACAUGGACAACAUUAAGGGCACUUACGCCGAGUUGAGUGUGCUGCACUCUGAACAACUACACGUCGAUCCCGAAAACUUCAGGCUGUUGGCUGACAACAUUACCAUUGUAGUCGCCUCUGUCCUGGGUGUUAGUUUCACAGCUGAAGUGCAGGCAGCUCUGCACAAGUUCCUGGCUGUCGUAGUCUCUGCACUCGGAAAACAGUACCAAUAAAUGCUGCAUGUGAUUUGUUCUGUUUUCUGCGUUGAAGUCAAACUUUGUCGAUUAAUGCAAAUAAAUGUUUAAAUAAUUAA